AUGGAUUUGGAGAAAGUACGUAUUUCUCAAAAGAAGGUUAUCAACAUUGUAUUUGUCGGCCAUGUUGAUGCAGGAAAGUCAACGAUAUGCGGGCAGAUCCUUGUUCAAAUGGGAUUGGUAGAUCCAAGGACAUUGGAGAAGUAUAAGGAGAUGUCUCGAGAACAGAAUAGAGAAAGUUGGUAUUUGAGCUGGUGUCUGGACAUCAAUCCUGAAGAAAGAGAGAGGGGAAAGACUACAGAAGUAGGAACGGCAUCGUUUGAGCUUCCUCACAGAAGAAUAAAUAUACUAGACGCACCGGGGCAUAACCAGUUUGUAUUUGAGAUGAUAAAUGGGGCCAACCGAGCGGAUGUGGGGAUACUGGUUAUAUCUGCAAGGAUAAACGAGUUUGAGGCGGGGUUUGAAAAGGGAGGUCAGACUAGAGAACACAUCUUUUUGUUAAAGGCCGGAAGUGUCCAAAGGUUGAUUGUACUAGUUAAUAAGAUGGAUGAUCCAAGUGUGGGAUGGAACAAGAGUAGGUUCGAUGAGAUCAAGGACAAAGUCUCGGCAUUUGUUAGAAGGAUGUUUCCUGUCCCUGUAUUUAUUCCUGUUAGUGGAUUUACUGGAGAAUACAUCAAGGACAAAGGAUCAUGCCCAUGGUACGAUGGGGAAUCUUUUCUUUCGGAGCUCGACAAGAUAACAAUCCCAAGAAGAUCGGAUGUGCCUUUGGCAAUUACUGUUACAGAAAAGGUAAAGCUAAUGGGAAUGACGAUUUUGUACGGGAAGGUUGAAUGCGGAAAGGUAACUCCCGGGAUGCCAAUAAAAAUCCUGCCACACAAUACAAAGAACUUCAUUUCGUCUAUAAUGGAUGAUGAAGAUGUUGAAAUUGAGGAAGGGAAUCCAGGAGAUGUUGUGAAACUGAAGCUAAAGGAGGAUCCAGAUGAUGUAUCAGUUGGAACUAAAAUACUAGAUCUCAACAACAUGGAUUACAGAUCUACACAGGAAUUUACAUGUGGAUUAAACAUACUCGACGUCGAUACAAUAAUAAGCUCUGGGUAUACAUGUAUUCUUCAUGUAGGAAUUGCUACCGUUCAGUGCAAAAUAAAAGAAAUAAGGGACAUCAAUAACAAGAAGAUCAGAUUCUGCCGCCAUGGAAGUAAGGUUCUUGCAAAGAUAGUGGUUUCAUCUCCUAUCUGCGUUUUUCAUGGUAACAAGGAUGAAGAAGAAAGACAGAGAUUUGCACUGAGGCUCGAGAGUAAAACCAUUGCUGUAGGUGUAAUAAGAACCGUAAAAGAAUAA